UCGUUCCGUGAAUGUACAUCAGUUGAGCGCGUCGUCAGCAGCGCCUGGCAGCGCUGCACUUGAUACACACCAUCCAAACUCAACAUGGCGGCAUCGUUAGCACGGAUCUGUCGUACUUCAAGUCUGCUAAAACCCGCGAAUGGGCCAAUUUACAGCCAGAGUAAUAAUUACACCACAGCCAAAGAAUGGACAAAGGCUCAAAAGUUGGCAACAGCAUGUUUAGGGGUGACUGCUGGUGGUAUCAGUGCUCUUUUAUUUGCCUUAGAUAGAUCAGUAAAGGCAGGCGAACUUGUAGCACAUCCACCUCAUUACCAUUGGAGCUUCUCUGGACUUUUUCAAUCUUUGGAUCAUACUAGUAUGCGACGGGGUUGGGAAGUCUACAAAAAUGUCUGCUCAGCCUGUCAUAGUAUGCAAUAUUUAGCUUAUCGUCACCUUGUUGGUGUUACUCAUACCGAGGACGAGGCUAAAGCUUUGGCUGAAGAAGUUCAGGUAAAAGAUGGUCCUAAUGACGUGGGUGAAUAUUUUAUGCGCCCUGGAAAACUCUCAGAUAGCAUCCCCUCGCCAUAUCCUAAUGAGGAGGCUGCUCGAGCGGCAAAUAACGGUGCUUACCCACCUGAUCUUUCAUACAUUGUCAAUGCUAGACACGGAGGAGAGAAUUACGUCUUUUCGCUGUUGACCGGUUACUGUGAUGCACCAGCUGGAGUCACUCUUAGGGAAGGACAGAACUUUAAUCCUUACUUCCCCGGUGGAGCCAUUGGUAUGGGUCAGGUCGUGUAUGAUGAGGUACUUGAGUUCGAGGACGGUACGCCACCAGUAGCCUCUCAAAUAGCUAAAGAUAUUACUACAUUUCUUAUGUGGACUUCGAACCGCGAAUACGACGAGAGGCAACGAUUAGCCAUCAAGGUUAUUGGAAUUGGCGUUAUUCUGCUGGCUGGAAUGUAUCAUUUAAAGAGACACAAGUUCUCUCACAUUAAAACUACCAAACUAAUGUUCAUCCCGAAAGCCAAGAAACAGUAGUAAACAAUUUUUGUUACCAUCAACAAGUUUUAAUUCAAAUCUGAUAGCUCACGAAAAAUUGCUUCGAACACAUAGCGGUUCUGGUUAUAAUGUGUAGUUUUACAAUUGAACUAAAGUCAAGGAAAAUUGCGUUUUUUAAGAGCCGCGCCAUUUGUUAUCAACAUCCAUUAUUUGUUUCUUUCAGUUGCGAAAUUAAAAAAAAGAAAAUAAAAACCCAACGAUUUGUUAUCGAUGCCAAUGAGUAAAAUUGUACAAUGUACAUACAUAAAGUAAUACAGACAAUGGUAUCAUUGUCUUGUCGAAUUAAAUCAUUAAUUCACCUAUAUAAUCUGUUGUUUAAAAUUUUGUUGACUUUUACCUGUUAUCAAACGAAUUGGUAACUAUAAUUAUUGUAACCAAUCUCCAAGAUUCCACUUGACAUUCAUUUUAUACUUUCUACAUAAUUAUGAAUGGUCAAUUCUUGUAAGUUAGCUUCCUUGUUAUGAACUUGAGAGAUUACAAAAUCAUGCAAUAAAAAUGAAUAAGAUAAUCUUAAUAAACUAUAAAA